GUACACGAUGUAUCAGGUUUUUCUUCGACUCGCUCACCUUCUUCCGCCAUGAGCGCUGCCUGACACACGCGAGCCGGUUGCGUGAAAGAUGCGAGGCAGCAUGUCGUUAUCGUGGCAACCGCAAGAAGAUGGACUCCGGCAAAUCCUCCAGCUACUGAAGGAAUCCCAGUCACCGGACACCGCUACCCAGCGUGCCGUGCAGCAGAAACUUGAGGAGUUGAACAAGUACCCCGACUUCAACAACUACCUCAUAUUUGUCCUCACAAAGUUGAAAUCUGAGGAUGAGCCAACCAGGUCCCUGAGCGGUCUGAUCUUGAAGAACAACGUGAAGGCCCACUUUGACAAGUUCCCGCGAGAGGUUGGCGACUUCAUUAAGGCAGAAUGCCUGGAGAGCGUGGGCGACCACUCGCCCCUCAUCCGUGCCACAGUUGGCAUCCUCAUCACCACCAUCGCCUCCAAAGGCGAGCUCACCCAGUGGCCCGAACUACUGCCCCGCCUGUGCCAGCUGCUCGACUCCGAGGACUACAAUGUCUGCGAGGGUUCUUUCGGAGCCCUGCAGAAGAUCUGCGAGGAUUCGGCCGAGAUGCUGGACACAGAUGCAUUGAACCGGCCCCUCAACGUGCUGGUGCCGAAGUUCCUCCAGUUCUUCCGGCACACCAGCCCUCGGAUCCGGUCACACGCCAUCGCCUGCAUCAACCAGUUCAUUGUCAACCGCACACAGGCCCUGAUGCUCCACAUUGACUCCUUUAUCGAGAACUUGUUCCACCUCGCCUCGGACGAAGACUCUGAAGUCCGCAAGAAUGUGUGCCGUGCUCUAGUCAUGCUUUUGGAGGUUCGCAUGGACCGUCUCAUUCCCCAUAUACACAACAUCAUCGAGUACAUGCUGAUGCGCACACAAGAUACGGAUGAAGGGGUUGCGCUAGAGGCGUGCGAGUUUUGGCUGUCGCUGGCUGAGCAGCCCAUCUGUCGAGAGGUGCUGGCGCCGCACCUGUCGCGCCUCGUGCCCAUCCUUGUCCGGGGAAUGAAGUACUCGGAGAUUGACAUCAUCCUGCUCAAGGGAGACGUGGAAGAGGACGAGAUGAUUCCCGAUCGUGAAGAAGACAUCCGACCCAGGUUUCACAAGUCCAAAACGCACAGUCAAAAGCACAUGGACGAUAACAUCGAUGAGGACUCUGUGUCAGAUGACGGCCUUGAUGAUGACAACACGCUAUCUGACUGGAACCUGCGGAAGUGCUCGGCCGCCGCCCUGGACGUGCUGGCAAACGUGUUCCAUGAGGAGCUCCUCGGGGUGCUGCUGCCGAUCCUGAAGGAGACGCUGUUCCACCAAGGCUGGGAGAUCAAGGAGUCUGCCAUCUUGGCAUUGGGUGCCAUCGCCGAGGGCUGCAUGGUGGGCAUGGUGCCACACCUGCCCGAGCUGAUCCCUUACCUGAUCGGCUGCCUGGGCGACAAGAAGGCGCUGGUGCGCUCCAUCACCUGCUGGACACUGAGCCGUUACUCCCACUGGGUGGUCAGCCAGCCGCACGACCUGUACCUGCAGCCCCUGAUGACCGAGCUGCUCAAGCGGGUGCUGGACGCCAACAAGCGCGUGCAGGAGGCAGCUUGCAGCGCCUUUGCCACCCUCGAGGAAGAGGCCUGCACCGAGCUGGUGCCGUACCUGAGCUUCAUCCUGGAGACGCUCGUCUUUGCCUUCAGCAAAUACCAGCACAAGAAUCUUCUAAUACUGUACGAUGCCAUAGGGACCUUGGCGGAUUCUGUCGGGCAUCAUCUCAACAAACCUGAGUACAUCAACCUGCUGAUGCCACCGUUAAUAGAGAAGUGGAAUGUCCUGAAGGAUGACGAUAAAGAUCUCUUUCCUCUACUAGAGUGUUUGUCUAGUGUGGCCACUGCCCUCCAGUCCGGGUUCCUGCCAUACUGUGAACCUGUUUUCAGGAGGUGCGUCUCCCUGGUGGAGCAGACGCUGAAUCAAAACAUGGCCAACGCAGCCCAUCCUGACCAGUUUGAGGCCCCCGACAAGGACUUUGUCAUAGUGGCCCUGGAUCUUCUGAGUGGACUGGCCGAAGGCCUGGACGGUCACAUGGAGAGCCUCGUCAUGUCCUCCAACAUCAUGCAGCUGCUCUACCAGUGCAUGCAGGACUUGAUGCCUGAAGUGCGACAGAGCUCCUUCGCACUGCUCGGUGACCUGACAAAGGCUUGCUUCCAGCACGUGAAUCCCUGCAUUUCCGACUUUCUUCCCAUUCUCGGUCAGAAUCUGAACCCAGAGAUUAUAUCUGUGUGCAAUAAUGCAACAUGGGCCAUUGGCGAGAUCUCUGUCAAACUUGGCAGGGACAUGAAGCCAUACAUCCCCAUGGUGCUAUCUCAGUUGGUGACCAUCAUCAACCGUCCCAACACGCCAAAAACAUUGCUGGAGAACACCGCCAUUACGAUCGGGCGCCUUGGUUACGUUUGCCCCGAAGAAGUGGCACCCAUGUUACAGCAGUUUAUACGCCCGUGGUGUUCGUCGUUGCGGAACAUUAGGGACAAUGAAGAGAAGGACUCUGCCUUCCGCGGCAUCUGCAGCAUGAUCAGUGUGAACCCCGGCGGAGUUGUGCACGACUUCAUUUUCUUCUGCGACGCUGUCGCAUCUUGGGUCAACCCGAAGGCAGACCUGAAGCAGACGUUCCACGAGAUACUCCAUGGCUUCAAGAACCAGGUUGGGGAAGAGAAUUGGCAGCGCUUUUCCGAACAGUUUCCACCUGCCCUGAAGGAGAGGCUUGCGACCAAUUACGGCGUUUGAGAAAGGGCGCCCUCUGAGGGAAGUGUUGGAAGGCGUCGUGUGAAGAAGACACGGGAGUGGAGAAGAAAGCACACACGCGUUUUUUCUCUACUCAACCAGAGGGUAGCAACCGAAGAAGAAACCAACGUGCCCCCUUCCAAGCCGCUGCCACCGUUGUCGUGCUGGGCCCUAACCGCCUCCGCGUCGUACCGCCAGCCAUCGCGUAAAGAACCGGGGAGGGGGGAGUGUCCGCGCUGUUAGUUGGGGGUUCCCUGAAGCUGAAGAGGGACAGUAAAAACAACCGUAUGUUCGCGUUUAGAUCUCGCGGGAUGGACAUCUAGAAAAAUCGCGUUCGCGUACUCGUGUGAUGGACAUAGUAAUCUCGCGUGCCUCCGAAGGGAAACGAAAUAUGACUGGUCUCCUCCGCCGAGACGAUUUCUCUUUCGUGGUAAUCUGUUCGCGUCCGGUUCGGGAUAGCUUCGCGUCGCCGUAUUUCCGCUAGGUCAUAUGGACGGGUUAACAGAAAGGUGAAAACGCGCCUUGUGUGUGCGGUGAACCUGCGGGAUGGAAAAGGAAAUCGGGAUGUUGUGUGGACGGCAACGGCACAAUCGUCAUCCUAGGGAGAUAUCAAAGGUGCUCUACUCUGGCUGCUUGGAAUGAGCAAAAAGGACGGAAGUGGUGCCACCCUGUAGGGAUUGGAGGAACUGAACCCUUCCAUCGGAUAAAAACUGUCCGUUGCCACUAGCCGCGUCCUGUGCCCUCCAAUGGACUUGUGCCGAACUUGCGUGCCGAAGCGUCAACAGUGAUUCUGCAGAAGAAAGAGCAUGCCAAAUCUUUCUAGAGCCAAUGAAAUAAGUGAAACUUUUUUUUUUGCCGAUCGCGAGUGUCCUAUACACAUUCUGUCUAGGUCGUUUUUUCAUUGUAAGUUGUCGCUGCGUUUGCAGUGACUGCCGCUGUCACGUGUUGUUGCGCUAUUAUUUCAUUAUUUUUUCUUUCCGGGACAAGUCAGUAAGUUACCUCGCGGAUGCAAUCGAUAGUCUACGCGUUGUUGGAUCCCCGCUUUAAAUGCGCGAUAAGGGUCAUAUGUGCUUUUUCUUCCCUCUAGUGAGACUUUUUUUUUUCCUCAUGUCGGCUACAUCUUGGCUCGUUUAUUUUAUUGUUACGCCACGUAAAAAAACUGUUAAUUCAAUCCUCUCUCGCGACAUUGGGGUUUCUGCCAACUUGUGUGCUAACUUUUUUCACUGUGUAACUGUAACACAGCUGUUUUUCAAUUGAGCGACAGUCUGUUUUACUGUGUGUUGCUAGGAUAUUCUUUUCAUUUUUGCCAAAGGCAGCUUUUCCUCUGUUUUUUUUUUCUUUGUUGUACUUAAGGAGACUAUUUUUACUGUUUUUUGUACAGAGUUAAAAAAAAGUGACUGUCAGCUUGUUUUUUAGUGUCGAAAAAAAAAAGUUAACAAAGUUCCUCUGAUUAUUCUUUUUCUUAAUGUACUCGUGAGCAGGAACGCGACAAGUUCUCAAUGCGUGUGUCGGGGGUCCUCAGGUUACAGUUUUUUGAGCUGGUUAGUCAGUAUAGCAACCUUAGGAGAGUGAAACAAAUUGGUCAUUUUGUUUUAACUUUAUUGUUAGGUUAAUAUUUUUUUUACUUAUACAAUUUUUCUCAAAGGAUCUGUGAUGCUACAAUUACUAGAGUGCAAGAUGAGUCGUUGUUGUACAGGAAGUAUUUCUUCACGUAUCGCUUUUUCCAUCAUUUAUUUUUUAUGGACGACACACAUAACAUGGGUGGGAGCCGCGUGAAUGUGUAGUAGCGAGUGCGCGUGUGACUGCGUGUCUUUUUUUCUUCUCCUUCGCGUUUUUAACUUUUUUUUUUUCAUCGCCGUCGUCGACACGUCACACACACACAACUUCUUGUCAUUCCUCGUGAUGAAAAGCUCGUUUAAAAAAUGUUUCCUGGGAAGGGGGGUGGGGGUCGCGUUUAGAAAGCGAAAACUUUGUACGGAAUGGGACAGAAUAAAAUAUCGCGUUAAUCAAAAAAAAAAAAAAAAAACUGGAUCGGUUUCUCGCUCGCGGCUUAGCGAAGGCACGAAUCGCGUUGGCCAGCGUCUUUGGUUCCCCGUUUGUUUUUCUCGUAUUUUUCCGUCGUGUGAUGCCCUUCCUGAAAAAGUCCCAAGAUUCCCCUUGCUUCGAAUCCCAAUAUUCCUUUCAGUUCAUUUGUACCCUGUGGCCAGAAGUGAAGCGGUGCGACUUCGUGGGUGCCUCGAUUGGUUUUUUUUGUUGUUGUUGUUGUUGUUUUCCUUGUUCCUGAAUUUUGGCAGAAUAGCUAGCCGAUGCUGUCGGUAGCAAGCACCCGGAAACUUUGUGUACUGCUGGGCUGGUCCCCGCUUCCUGUUUUUUCUUUAAACUGCAUUGAAUUGUUUACCUUGUUUUGUUUCCAUCUCCUUCACCUGAGCGGCUUGCCUCGUAAAUAGGCCCUUGAUGUGGCUGCCUUUUUAUUUUAUUUUUCAUCAAGCUAUCUGCCGGCAUUCCUCCGCACCUCUUGCUUAUUUCUUUUGCUGGCUUAACGUCAGCAGUCAUGGUCGUGUGAAGUUAAAAACUGUUGAAAAAAAAAAAGUGUUUUUCCUAGGUGUCACACCUUUCCCUCUCGUCCUCGCGGAAGUUUUUCAAGCCUCCACAGAGGGCGUCUUGUUUCCGUUAGAUGUGUUUGCACACGCGUACCUGCCAUUUUGAAUGAGGCACCCGUCUCAAAAAGAUGCUUGUCAUAGUGAUGACUUUUGAUGGGAGCAGUUUUUUUUCUGGUUGUUGGUGUGUAGUGAUGCUUAUCUGUUUUCGUUAUCUUUUCCCUCUCACCAUUUUUAUUGAUGCGUAGAGAGAUGUGAUUUAUUAUUGCAUGUGGCAGGACACUUGCCAGGUGUUUGUAAUUCUUGCUCUGUGCCAUGACAAGGGUUUCUUUUUCCCCCUUUCUCUUUCUCAACAGAGUUGAACCUAUUGCAGAUUUAUUUUUGCAUGUUUCUUGUGCGUGGAGGAAAGUUGGAGGAGAUGGUUUAUUAUUAAUGGUCAUUCUGUGUGCGAAAAGGCUUUAAAUAUUCCUGACCAUUGUUAUUCAGCUACUGAAAGUGAUAGCAAAAUGGGAUAAAUAUGGAACUGCCUUCUGUUAUUCAGUGUUGUUAAAAACAAAAGAGAUAACGACAAUGACUUUGUGCUUUUUCUCUGUGUAAUGUGCAUGAAUUUGUGUGUACCUUGGUUUUUAUUCACUUCAGAACAUUCACCUGAAAAAAAAAUGCAUGCAGUUGUUUCAAACAGG